CGGGACGGGAGAGGGGGCGAUGAGGGGGCCUUGCUUUUGAUGGCGGGUGACGAUUUUGGCAAAUUAAUUCAAGGAGCGGCCCUGUGGUGCCAAAAGGUGGGCACGGCUCGGGUACCUAGGGAAAGACGCAGGGCGGAAGGCAGAACUGCCUCCGUCCCGUCGAAUCUGCUCAUCGUCCUUCACCACUUCUACAACAUACACCAUUGUGAAGUGACGUCGUGCAAAAAAACAAGGAUCAAUCGACAUUACACAAUGGCCAAUUUCAAGGGCCAUGAUCACGAGGGCCUCCAGAUUGUCGACCGCCACGAUGGACUACAGGUGCUCCAAAUGGAGAAAGAGCCAUAUACACCGGGGCAGGUCGCUGUUUCUCCGAGCCACCACGCGGAAAGUGAAACGGUCGGGACUUGGCAUCAAUCAUCCCCGGUGGCGGAAGCAAGACAUCGGGAGUCGGCAAGAAUCCUCGGACUUCGCCGGCCAACUUUUUGGCUUCUCGUCAGCAACGUGGUCCUCGCUAUCGCCCUGAUCGUCGUGGGCGUGGUACCGGCACAGAUGAACAGGAAAAUCGAGGGUGGGUCAGGCGCGUCGGGAAUAGCCCAGGGCCCGGCUGGAGGUUGCUCGACAAGUAACACCACAACCACCAGCAGCACAACGUCGGCCCCAGUUCAGCCCACCGCGCUGUCGCAACCAGACAGCAACAGCCCAAAGGUGUGCUUCAGCACGACGACGCCUCUCGCGCCCGGCGCCGACCCGGCGAUCCCGCCGGGCAUCGAGUGCCCCGUCCCGGCCGGCCGGGCCAACUACACGGUCCCGGGCACGGGGCUGACAUUCCAGAAGCUGUGCGGGACCGACUUUGGCGGCAACGACAUGGGGCGCUUCCCCGUCCGCGGCAUGGACGACUGCCUCGCGCUCUGCGCCCAGCUCAACCUCUUCCCCGCCAGUGAGGCGGGCAGGUGCGUCGGCGCGACGUGGGUGUACGGCGACGGGCCGCAGGGCGCCGGCGUCAGCUUUUGCUUUCCCAAGAACGACACGUCCAGGGCGAGCCAGCGCGCAGGGACCGAGAGUGCCAGGCUAUUGUUGUGAUGGCUAGGGGUGGGAUAUUCGCGGAGCAUAGGGAUGCACGUGUACCUAUAUGAAUGUAUCUUUCGCUGCAAAGCUGAUAAUGUUUACACACCCCCACGAUUUGAUCAA